AUGAGAGCCUAUUUUCUCGCGAUCUCUCUUCUUGUGAGCAAUUGUUUCGCUGUUGUUCCCGAGGCGGUCUAUGGAGGCGGCUUCGACCAUGAGAAGAAUGACACAAUCAGGCUGCGUAUUGCCAACGGAGGUGCUGGCCAAAGCGGCUUGAUCAAGGAGCUUGCCAAUGCGUACAUCAAAAGCCGUGUCGCCGACGGCGAGAAACCAUUUCAGGUGGCCUGGAUCAAAAGCGAUACCUUUUACAGCAUUCAGUAUCUCAAGACAGGCGAUGCCGACAUUGGAAUCACAUACAACCCAGCUGCGGAACAGAUUGCCAUAAAACAAGGCAUCGCCAAAAGCCCUAGCUAUUACGCAUUCCGAGACCACUUUCUCCUUGUCGGGCCCAAAGAGAACCCUGCGAACAUCUCAAAAACCGACGACAUCCUCACCACGUUUGCGAACCUCCACGAAGCUGCUGAGGGGCCUGCGACUGAACCUCCUGUUCGGUUCUUGAGCCGCUAUGACAAGUCGGCUACCAACAUAAAAGAGACUUUGCUAUGGGCUGGCAUAGGACAGGUUCCUUGGGCAACUGCCUACUCAACAUGGUAUCACCAGUACAUCGCCUUCCCAAUCCAAGCUCUUACGGCGGCAAUUAUUCUUCAGGAAUACACUAUCACUGACCGUGGUACCAUAUUGUCCCUUGACGCAGAGAUCAGGAACCAGACUGUAGUGUACAAAGCGGGUAGUGAUGAAGCGGAUGACCCAUUGCUGAAUCCCGCUCAUGCAUUGAUUGGCGAAAAAGCACCCAAUGGCAAAGAAGCAUCACAGUUUAUCAAGUGGCUCGUGAGUGAUAAAGGACAGAACGUCAUUGCAGGGUUUGAGAAGGAUGGACAGGUGCUGUAUUCUAAAGCACCAAAGGAACAAGAAUGA